UCACGCUUCUGUGUUUAUAUAAAAAGAGGACGGGACGAAGUGGUAGACUGUACGGUGCAUACUAUCUCGGCGACUAUGAGAGUACUACGAGGACUUGUCGUCACGUUUUCCAAACCGACACGGGUGUUGUCACGAGCCCACGCGACCCUCACCCAGAGAUCGUUUGCGGAGACAUUCGGCCAGCAGAAUCGAAAGUGCCCGCUGUGCGGCUUCUUCCAGUCAGGUGAUUUGCUGUCACCCGUAAGUCGCCGUGGUUCAGCUGUCGGUGUCAACGUUAGAACGAUGGCGGCGUUUGGAGGGCGGGACGACGAUUUUAUAUUCAGACAGCUGCUCGACUACAAGUCUUUCACAUACACCUACCUCCUGGCCGACCGAACGACUAGCGACGCCGUGCUGAUUGACCCCGUUGUUGAGAUGGUCAACCGCGACAUGCAGGUCGUCAAGGAUCUCGGCCUCAAUCUGAUCUUUGCGGCCAACACCCACGUGCACGCUGAUCAUAUCACCGGCACCGGAGAGAUCAAGAAGAAGUUGCCUGGCUGCAAGAGUAUGAUCGCAGACGUGAGUGGCGCCAAGGCCGAUGUCAAGCUGAAGCACGGAGACACCAUCAAGUUCGGAAAGUUUGAGCUGGAAUGCCGAAACACUCCCGGACACACUGACGGUUGCAUGACGUUUGUGUGGCACCAGAAAAGUAUGGUGUUCACCGGAGACGCUAUCCUCAUUCGAGGCUGUGGACGCACAGACUUUCAACAAGGAAAUCCCCAGAAUCUGUAUGACUCUGUUCACAAACAGAUUCUGUCGUUGCCGCGUCACUUCAUGUUGUUCCCAGCACAUGACUAUACAGGUCAGACCAUGACCACGGUUGACGAGGAGCUCAAGUACAACCCGCGACUGUCGAAACCGAAGAGCGACUUCGUCAAGAUCAUGAAGGAGCUGACUCUGCCCUACCCUAAACAGAUUGACAAGGCUCUGCCAGCUAACAUGGUGUGUGGUGCAUACGAUCUUCCCGCCGAGGCCACUACCAACUAAACAAGGGAAAUAAAAAAUCUUAUCGCAGAAUUGAACUUGGGUGUGUUAGCCUAAACUAAGCAAGCAGUAUUUACUUUAUAAUAAUUUGUGAUUGAAUACCCUCGCGAUAAUGCAUUUGUGAUUCUUGAUGCAGUUUUCAGAAACCUUUUCUUCUCUUUAUCUGUUGUCUGUGUUCACAGCAAUGUUUUUUUAAUGGUCGAUCUUUAAGAAUUUUUUUUAUGAAAGUUAUCUAAUUUUCUUUUGAAUUUUUUUGAGUGCAUUCACUUUUAAUCAAGUUGCUAAUAAUGUAAAAUUGUUACUUUUGAUGAAAAUAGAAAAAUAUUUGUAUUUUAGAACAUGGCAGAGACUAUGUACUGCAUUGCUGUGGAUAAAAUUGUUUUACUCAAGUUAUAAAUACAAAUGACUAUAAUAUUUGCAUAAUUAGCACUCACAGAAGAAAUUUUAAUACUUUAUAGUAUUAUAAAAAUAGUUCUCAAUAUCCACAAAAGAUGUUAACCUUUUUCAUAAAAAGCCCUUGAAGUCGAACAUUUAAAUUAGAGUGUGUUGAUUUCUUUUACCUUGUUCUAACGCUAAGCUACUUCCCUUGAGAUUUAUCAUAUAUUUAUGAAAAUUAACUAAUUUGAAUUUUCACAAAAAUCGGGCAUUAAUUUUUAAAAAUCAAAACCACUUAAAUUUGUGUUUCCCCUCUCCCUUUUUGAUCAUUCCCCCCCGAGUCGGAUCUUGGAUUCAAACUACUGGAGUAGGGGGGGGGGAGUGUGUUAGGAUUUAGAAGAUGACAUUUCUCUAUUUGAUGUGACAUGACAAUAAAUUUCCCAGAGUUAGGCAAUGUGUCUUGAUUUUAAUUUUAUAAAGUAAAACCCUGUCAUUGUAAUAGUAUAAACCAGGGAUUAAUUUCUUUGUCAUUGAAUUGGAUACACUAUGAGGUACGGUACUGACAAAAAUGCUUUUCAAGGAAAGUUGUAGUGAAUAUGCAUUCAAACUACCACACACUUUCUCUAUAAUGUCACUUGUCCCGAUUCUCUUAUUCACUCUGAUUCAUGCAUAUUAAAUUUACAGGGAUGUGAUUUUUCAGAUUUUUAUCUGAUUUCAGAUUUUUUGUGUAAAAUAAUUUUCACUGGAUUUGAUCUGAAAUGCUAAAAAAAAACAAGACCUUUAUAUAGAUAUGGUACCGAGGUUUCACCUUUUUAAAAUCAGUUCAGCUUUUUAAAAUUCAGUCCAGCUUUUUAAAAUCAGUUCAGCUUUUUAAAAUUCAGUCCAGCUUUUUAAAAUCAUUUCAGCUUUUAUUUUUAAAUGACUAUCACAUCCGUGAUUUAAAAAAAAAAAAAAAAAAGCAAUUGGUUUAUUUUUUAAAAAAAGAUUUAAAAAAGAGUUUUUUGUUUUGUGGAGUACAAGGACUGUCUAUACAAAGGAUGGUGCAUGCCAUAAUAACAGACAUGAAUUUUUAAUUUGUGGUGGUCAUAUUCAUAAUAUAAAUAAAUAUUAAAGGGGCUUUAUUCUAGUUGCAUAAUGGCAGAUUCUCGUCAAUUAUUAUUUUUUCUCUUUCUUUCUUUUUCUUUCUUUCUUUUUAUUUUUGAGAUCAUACCUUCAGCUAGAUAUUUUGUAUAUUAGAACAAUCCUUUUUAUUGGCAAAUCUACUGAAGGUGAACGUUAGGUUAAACGGAUGAUGUCGCAGUUUUAUGUGUACAUGUUUGGCACACAAUGUCUCUCCCUAAAUCGGUUGUGGUUAAUUUCACAAUUAAAACUGGAGGUCAAAAUACCAAGGAAAACAAGAUUUAAAACCACCAGUCAGAAAAGUGAUAUUGAUUUUUUAAAAUAUACUUUCUAUUUUAGCCAAGGAUUUUUAGAUUCUCCACUGUUUACACCACAUGGCAGUACAUUAGAAUGUUUGUUCUCGGAUUAAUGAUGCAAAGAUGUUAAAUGGAUUUGGAAUGAUAAUGGAAUGUUCAAACAAAAUGUCCUUUUUUCUUUCUUUCUUUCUUUCUUUCUUUGUGUUAAUCUCAUAAGAGUUUUAAACAGAUUUCUUCAGUUAUUGCAAUAUCUUGCUAAUAUUCAAUUAAAAUCAGAAUAAAUCUUGAAACUUUUCACUCUUUUUUUUUUCUUUUUCUUAUUCUCUCUUUUUUUUCUUAUUCCAGACACAAAUUGUUUCUCUCUUUCUUGGUAAAUCCCUCCCAAACUCAAAAUAUCAUUCCUGGAAGUUAAAAUGGAAGUGUGAGUUGAAAUUCAGUCGGUUAAAAGGAUCAGUCAUCUACCUGGACAUGAGUUUGAUUAGUUUUAAACUGGGAACUUCAAAUCUUUGUAUAGCAUUAGCUAGUAUGCGUACUUGGCCUGUUGUAGUGGUGUUCCAAAUUUGUAUAGUAUGCUUCUUAUAUAAUUUGGGUGAAGUUUUUUUUUAUAUAUAUAUCACAAUAUUCAACCAGAAUUGUAUAUUGUUUUUUUAAUGUCUUUUAUUCAUUGAUGAAUAUUUCGUGUUGCCUUCCUUUCUUUUACUGCUGAUUCUAUUACUUAGAAAAGACACUUAGGAUUUCUACAUUGGUAAAAAUAGACCUUCAAGAUGGGUGCUGAAAUAAAUUGAGAGCAGUUAUUCAGAUUACCAGAGGUUAAUAAGGUUGAAAAUGGUAAUUCCUUCAUGACAAAGUCUUCAUUAAAGAAAAAAAUAUGAUGUACAUUUUGAACAGUUAUGUUCAGAUAUAUACUGAUGACCAAAAGAAAGUAUUCUGAAAUAUUUUUAUGUAAAAUCGAGCAGUUUACCCCAAGUGCCGUUCAUGAACUGUGAUGUUCAUAUUUGAUAGUAAUUAUUGUGAAUACCUGUAUUCAUAUCUCGCCAAAUGAUUAUAGUUUUGAAAUACAAGACUUACAUAUACAUCAACUUGUGUUUUGAGGAGUUUUUACCAUUUCAAAAAAACACCUAGCGAUAGACUUUCUUUUGAUCAUCAGUAUAUAAGAUACACAUAGAAGUAUCAAUAUAAAGAUAACGAUGAUUGAAAUCUGUAACACUGUUAUUACUGUGUCUGUGAAAGACUUUAAUAAUGAAAAUAAUAGGAAUUGUCAACUUGAUAGAUUUGUCAUAAUCUGUAGGUUACCAGGGCCCAAUUUUACGAAGCGAUCUUAUGCAUUUAAGAUGCUUAAAUGCAUAACUACCUAAUUCACUUAAGAUGAUCUUAGUGCUAAGAUCGCUUCGUGGAAUGGGGCCCUGGGCCCAAUUUACAAAGCGAUCUUAGUGCUAAGAACACCUGAAGUGCAUAGGCUGAGGUAGUUAUGCACUUGUGGUGAUCUUAGCACUAAGAUUAGUUUGUAAAUCGGGACCAAGUUAACUAAUUCACCAAACUCUCACAGCUAUUUGAUCUCGCAGUUCAAUACAAAAAGACUUGCAAGAAGGAUACAGUGGGGUUUUUUAGGAUGUUUAAGAGAGCUUUACAAAUUAGGUCCUCAGGUUUUUAUUUUGUGGUAAGUAAACUUGAACAUUGGUUACCAGACUUGUUCAUUUUGAUGCGUGCAUUUGAAAAAUGAACCUAAUAUCCAGAGUAACAACCAUAACUGGUUAUCUCCACUUGUUACGAAAAUGACAGUAGUUGACUUUUAGCAUUUGUUUUCUUUUUUAACCAUAGUUAAUUUGUUUUUGAACAAAGUUAUUUUCUUUUUUAAUGUAGCUAAUUUCUUUUUUAAAUGUAGUUAAUUUCUUUGUUAAAAGUAAUUAAUUUCUUUUUUAAAGGUACAUGUAAUUAAUUUCAUUUUUAAAUGUAGAUAUUUAAUGUGGGCUGUCCAUACAUGGUAUGUUUGGAAAACUAUAUAAUUUGAAUAAAUAAAUAAAAGUGUUAUUUUGGAUUUUUCUGUAUUUUUUAAAUAUUACAAUGUGUUUAUCUGUAAACAAUGUCAUUGAACAUAACCAGUUCUGUUUGUUAGUCCUGGCAUUUUAAAAACAAUGUUUACCACAUAGAGGGUUAAAUAAAAAUCUGUAUGGCAUCCCUCUUGUGAAAGGCCGUGUUUUACAGCAGUUUUUAUAUAGACAUUUCCAUAUAUCGAGCAUUAAUUGAGUUAUUAUGUUUUGAUAGAGUAUUUAUUUGGUAAGUUUUAGGGAGUCUUGUCGUACUGUUAUCUUAUGCAUGUAUCAAUAAUAUAAUAAAGCUUAGCUGAUAUAUUGCACCUGAUAUAUUUGUUAACUGAAGUAUCCAUUAUAGACAGGUUUGUGUUAUACAAGGUGUUCUUUAUUGCACAGUUGAUAAGCUGGUUAUAAAUAAAUGGCAUACUGAGAAUGAUUAUUAUUGCAGUGUUUCUUAACUUGUUUUGCUCAGCCCAACAGAACAUUAAAAUACUGCUUCAAAUGUUCAAGACAAACCCAAAAAUAUUAUAAAAAUAUUCAUUAAUUUAAAAUAUUAGAACCAAAGAUGAACUCCGCAUUAAAAAAUGGUAUCAUGACAAAUUUUAGUCACUGUCCAUGGCGUAUUAGUAUGCACAAAAACCAAUACAGUAUACAAACCCAACAAAAAUGGCUAGCAGAAAUCAUUUUGCUGGGGCAUACGCGAACAUGAGCAGUUGCUUGUGCCGGACAACAGAAUCAAAUAUGAACAUAGUCUGAUGAGUUGCUGGUAAAUAAUGCAGCACAAGGUUGGUUCAGGUGGAGGUAAUCACUAACUUCCAUAGGGCUGACACCAUGUAACCGUAAAUAAAAUGUGUAGUGCGUUAUUAAAUAAAACAAUUCCCUCCUCCUUGUUUCUAUAGGGCUGUUAUCUUGUGUAGGUUGUAGAGAUGAAGGUUUCCCUCGUUUAUCAUCUGUAUAGUGUUUCCGGGUUUGUCACCGUUUCGUGUGUGUUUGUCCUUAAUGUUCCAUAUUCUCCAUCCAAUACCUAAGUAUGGUUUCAGCUGAUGUUUUGCAUACAUUCUGAUUGGCGGCUGCCAUUUUAGUCCAUAUUGCAACCCUAACCCUAGGACAAACCUUAAUGCCCGAUCACCAAUACUAAAAUUUCCAGAUUUGUUUUUUCGUAACCCACUUUCAUCUCUGGCAUCGAGAACAAUGGGAGCCUAUAGUCCGUCCCACGGGGAACGCCUUUUUUCAUCUUAUGGAAUUUACUACAACUUAUGUAUUUCUGAGCUGAUUGUUAUCUAAAUUAAGUCACAAAAAUAGUAUUUUAUUGUUCUUUCCCAAAAAACUUUUACUUUUCUUCUUAUGUCAGACCAACAAACCAAACUGAAAUUGUUUACAAAAAAACAAAAAAUAAUAAUAAUUAAAAAAAUUGUAGGUGAUGGGACGAACUAUAGUUGACGUUUGUGUUGUGUCAUGUACUGUAUUGGUCUACUGCUAAAAUACUGUGUGCCACGAUACAUGGGUUGAGAAACACUGUGGUAUAUUAUGGGAACAUUUUUCAAGCAGAUUUAAGCUGCAUGGAUGUAUACCGAAUGAAAAAAAUAAGGGAUCACAUGCACGAAUAGUACCAGAAAAUAAUGACUGAUUGCGAGCAAAAGCGUUGGUCCAUAGUAUCACAAGAUGGCCAUGUUACUGACAGUCCGUUCAAAACUACUGUCUAUAUGACAGCAGUGAGUUUCAUCCGAUUGUUUAGACCAUGUUUAAAAUACAGAAAUAAGGGAUCGCACAAAUAAUAACCGUAAAUAAUGACUGCAGCCAAAAUCCUCGAUCCUUAAGGCAAGGCCACAUGGCACGAGUGUUUAGUACAAGAAGAGUUGCUAAAAUAGCCAAUUGACAAGGCGAACAUUAUGAUUUCAUCGGUUGCUUUGCAUUCGGUUAUUCUUAUGGCUAUUCUUGUAUAAGGCGAUCGUAUUGUGUAGUCAGACAGUUUAUUCAGUAAAAGGCCUCUGGCCCAAAAUACAGUCACUUUACACAAUUUAAGAGCUUAAAUUUAAGAACUUAAAUUGUGUAUUGUGUAGUGUCACCUUUAGUGUCAGAAGUUGUAGCUACUGAUAUUCUCGUAUAAGGUGAUCGUAUUGUUUAGCCUCGCCUUUAGUGUCAGAAGUUGUUAUUGCUAUUCUCGUAUGAAGCAAUCGUAUUGUGUGGUUUCGCCAUUAGUGUCAGAAGUUGUUACUGAUAGUGCAUUCAACACUACUGAGACAUUAAAUCCCUCAUUGCAACUUCGUAUGAAAUACAAACAUUACUACGCUAGUAGUAUAUUAAACCUGGUGUACGAAUCCAUGAGUUUCCUUGUUUCUUUCAAUCGGUAUAAGUUUUUAUUCUGUACACAUUUCUAAUGCGUAUGUGUACAAAAAGAAAAUCAUUUUACGAUAAAUGUUUGUGCGAGUGUGCUGUAUUUACUGCUUUCAGUUUCUACUCUAGACGUGAGUAUCGUACUCCUUAAUAAUUAGGACUAUGUCAUAUUUUAAAGGUGUGCCAUCAUAGCUAUUUGUUGCUCCCGUCUCCAAAAUAUAUUUUCCUCAACCAACACUAUACUCAGUUUUCUACAUUUAUGGAUUUCACCCCCAAGAUUUCAAAUGUUGGUCAGUAAAAAAAACUAAAAAAACAUUGUUUCAAGAUUUAAAAAACCCAAAAUCAAACAAAACGAAGUCUACUUCAGCAGUGUUUUUGGUCAGUAUAUCAGCAAAACAAUUAAAACCCCAAGCAGUUAUGUGGCCGAAUAUCCUAAAACAUUUAAAAAGCUAAUUUGACAAAUAAUAUUUGUCAGAGACUAAAUCGGUUUUAUCACAAUGUAAUUUAUUUCUUUGUCCAGUGACGAUCAUGCAACCAAAAGUUAAUGUUUCUUGUUGGUUAUGAAUCAUCAGUCACAAAUGUCCCGUGUCCCUAACAAAAUAAUACAUUAGCUAUGGCGUUGUAAAAUUAAGCUUACGUGUCACGUUUUUUUCAAACUGAUGUAGCUUUUUCCUGUAGAUAGUUUUAUUCAUGUUAAAGUUUGUUAGUGUCUUCUACACAGACAUCUGUAUAGUGCUGUAUGAGGGAAAACCUAUUUUCCUAAUAAAGGUUUUUAAAUCUUA